AUGAACGAUGUUCAAGCUGCUCACGACGUUCCGGAGACCAUGGAUUCUGAGCAUGGUUCUUUCACCAUUCUUUGGUCCAACAGCAGCUCUGAAGUCCGUAAGGGUGUUUGCAGCCAAAUCAAGAACGAUCCCACCGAAACACCAGCCCCCGGUACAAUGGCGAAGUUCAACUCCGUCUCUUUCUCUAAGGCUGCAGCGCCCAUGGUGUUCCGUGUUAGGAAGAACCUUUCACCCUCAUCUAUCUAUGGCGUGGUCAGGGUACAAGAUGCUCCGGAGCUACAAAUUAUGGCUGUGAGGCUUGUAUCGAACAUCAUCAAGCAUAGAGUGAAGAGAAGCUCGAGGAAAAGGUCAUGA